UGAGACUGAAGACAAACUACAGUAUAAUACUACACUCGGUUAUCACACACCCAGCUUAAAAUGGAGUUCUGCUUUGGAUUACUUCAGACCAGUGGAUCGAAGCGCUCUGCCUCAUGGAUCAGCUUGACCCUUCUUUACUCAAUGCUGUGCAUGUGGACUAGUGUAGAAUGCUGGUCCUAUUACUACUCUAACGACACCAUGAAUUGGUCACAAGCAAGAGCCUGGUGCAGGGAGCACUACACAGACAUGGUGGCCAUCCAGAACCAGGAGGAGAUUGGGCAUCUCAACACGUGGCUGCCCAGGAAAUCCACAUACUACUGGAUUGGAAUCCGCAAAAUCAAUGAUGUCUGGACCUGGGUAGGCACCAACAAGGCUCUGACACCAGAAGCAACCAACUGGGCAGUGGGAGAACCAAACAACGGCAAAAAAAGAAAGAGAGGGGGUUUGAAUGAGGACUGUGUGGAGAUGUACAUUAAAAGAGAACAGCAGCCGGGCAAAUGGAAUGAUGAGAGAUGUGAGAAGACUAAGACCGCUCUGUGCUACACAGCUGCCUGUAAGAAUGAUUCAUGCAUCCAAGGAGAGUGUGUAGAAACCAUCAACAGCCACAAGUGUGAGUGCUUUGAAGGAUUUUACGGAGAGAGGUGCGAGCAUGUUGUUAAGUGUGACAAAAACAAGGUGACCGUCCCAAAUAAAGGAAGUGUGAAUUGCACUCAUACGAAUGGAAACUUCUCCUAUGACUCCAAGUGCAGCUAUUCUUGCGAGGAAGGAUACCAGCUGAGUAUGUCGAGACCCCUGAAGUGCACUGCCUCCAAAACCUGGUCCGAGCAGCCUCCUACAUGUAAAUUGGUUCAGUGUCCAAAGCUGUCCGAUCUAGAAAGUGGAUCCAUGAAUUGUUCCGAUCCUCUGGGCCCUCUCAGCUACCAGUCCACCUGUGUGUUUACCUGUGCUGAAGGCUAUGCUCUUGUUGGUUCCUCAUCUAACACUCUGCAAUGUGAAACGUCAGGGCAGUGGAAUGACUCGCUCCCCCUUUGUGUUCCUGUCCAGUGCCCUGCUCUCCAGGACCCAGAGAAUGGCCAUGUCAGCUGCUCAGACAACAAAGAUAUGAGGUACACCUAUGGGUUCACCUGCAGCUUCAGCUGUGUGCCUGGCUAUAAACUGGUUGGACCGAGCAAAGUGACCUGCACGUCAUCAGCUGAGUGGAAUGAGGGAAUGCCUCGCUGUGAAGCAAUUACUUGUCAAAAUCCAGAGGGAGAAGCUCACCUGAUACCCCGGUGUAGCCAUCCUGAACUGCGGCCAGACUCUACCUGCAGCUUCAGCUGUGAAGCAGGCUUUGAACUGCAAGGAGCGGACUCUAUUAAAUGUUCUGAGAAUGGACAGUGGACCAAAGCCAUACCUACCUGCAAAGCAAUGGGAUGUCCUGCUCCUGAGGUUCAAACAAGAGUGGGAGUCAGCUGCACCCCUUCUCUUUCUUCCCCUGUUUCUGCCGGGACCCCAUAUCCACUUGGUAUAGUCUGCACCUUUAGCUGUGAUGAAGGCAAUGAGCUACAAGGUGCACUCAGCAUGGAGUGUGUUCGUUCAGGCCAGUGGACCUUCACACCACCAACCUGCAUAGCCAAAAGAUGCCCCCUGCUUGAGUCUCCUGAAAACGGUCAUGUCAACUGCUCAAACAGUGAGCCAGUAUAUAACUCUCAGUGCUCCUUCACAUGCAAUCAAGAUUUCUCAUUGGACGGACAUGAUCUGCUGACAUGUGAUCGUCAUGGCAACUGGACAGGAGAGAUACCGAACUGCCAAGCUCCUGCAUCUCAGACUCCUGCCAUUGCCUCUGGUCUGGCAGCAGGGGGAGGGGUUUUGACAUUGUCCGGUCUGUCUGCGGCUUUGUGGGUCCUGAAACGACUGAGACGGAAAGCAACCAAGUUUGAGUUGAACAGCACCUCCGACAUAGAGGACCCACCACAGGUUUACAAAAACAGCAUUGACAGUCUCAUAUAGAGCACAUUCAUAUCCUCCAGGGGCGACAAAGGAAUUGACUAAAAUAAUAGAAACAAAACUGUAUGUGAGUCAUAGUAAUGUUAACAACAUUUAUUAUUUACAUUAGAGACUUAAAUGUUUAAAUGGAAAAAGCCAAUGUGUCAGGGCUAUCAAUUGUGAGAUGUUUUUUCAGACCUUUGCAUUUGAUAGUUUGAUUCAAGAUUUCAAGACCAAUCUAUGAUUUGCUUUUUAAUGUUGGUAUUUCCUCCCGAGGGGAGUUUUGUAUUGAACACAUUGUUCUACAUCUUUAUGAACAUGCUGGAAAGGUGGCUCUGUUCAUGUUAUUGUAAAUGUUACAUAACAUUGUGCACUGCCAUGUCAUUGCUGAACUGUGAAUAAUUUUGAGAUAUUAAUACCAGUAUUUAUGUACUAUUUAUUUAACAAGUGGUUAUUGCAUUUGAAAUGUGCAAUCCUCUCUCUGUAAAAAAACUUCAAACCAUUAUUUUCUUUUGUUGAAAUUCAUUUUUAUGUAUCUGCCUGUAUCAUAACUAAUAUUCUCUGUCUGUUCAAAAAUA